AGGUGUUCGGGUCGCCGCGGUCGCUGUCCCCGACGACCUCAUCAAAGGGCCUUUACGAAGACAGCAUGCGGGAUGCACGUCGCGCUGCAGGUUACAGGUCGUCCAAGGACUCGCGCAGGAGGUCCAACUCGCCUGUCUGGCAGGAUGUGCGCAACACGGCGCGCGAGGUCAUGAGUUCAGACUCAGGCAGUAUUCACAGGAUUUCGUCUGGGAGACGCGACUGUCAGAUGAACAACAUGCCUUCCCAAGGCUCCGGCCUCGACUUCUCCACGAUCAUCCCCACGGACCACAGCGUGGAAGUCUCGCCGCAGGGGUCGCGACGCAAGCGCGGCGGGAGCCGGGCGCACACCCUGCAGGGGCUGCCCUCCGACGGCCCCGGGGCGCGGAGGAACAGCUUCGGCACCGCGAGCAACGACAGCGCCGAGCUGCUCGCGACGGGUUCACUGUGCCUUUCGCGGUCGAUUGGCUCUCGCGGCAGCAGCAAGGAGCUGGAGGGUGAGCGCUUCCACCUGCGGGACGUUUGGAGGGAGAGCUCGAACGUGCUGCUCACGUCCACGAAGAACUGGCGCAGCGUCCCCAGCCCACAGACCAUCCCACACAAGCAGCACCACUUUGGCCUCAAGCUGUCCCGCGGCCUGGGCCUGCGCCUGCUGCACCCAGCGUCCAGGCUUCGCCUGCUGUGGGAGCUGCUCACGACCCUGCUGGUGAUAUACGACAUCGCGGUGGUGCCCAUGCAGCCCUUCGAGUGGCCUCCGGAGUCCUUCACCAACGCCACGGACUGGGUCAGUCGGGCCUUCUGGACGGUCGACGUGGCCGCUUCCUUCCUCACCGGCGUCUACAUCAAUUUGGAGCUCGAGCUGCGCUUCUGGGAGGUCGCGAGGCACUACGCGAAGGGCUGGAUGGCAUUCGAUGUCGUCAUCGUUAUAUCCGAGUGGAUCCCGGUCUUCAUCAUGCCGAGUGUGGGCGAGCCUUCUGGAACGGGCAGGGUGCUGGAUCAUGUCCGCCUUCUUCGUUUCGUGCGAACCUUCCGGCUCUUGAAGCUUGAGAUGGUGUUCGAGCACUUUGGCUCCGUGUUCAAUUCGUCCAUGGCUUGGAGGACGAAUCAUGUGGUCAGAAUGUUCCUGUACUUCGUCGUUGGGGUUCACAUGGUUGCCUGCGGCUGGUUCUGGGUCGGAUCUCGCUCGGGAGAUGGCUGGGUCGUCAGGGAAAUUGAAGAGAGGGCGGGCGUGGACUACCAGUACCUGACCUCUGUACGGUGGACUCUGGCGCAGAUGCACGGCGCCAGUGAGGUUGAGCCAAGCAGCACCUCGGAGUCGAUGUAUGCCAUCGUUGCACUUCUGCUAGGCCUGGGUUCGCUGUGCCUGCUGAUCAGCUCCGCCAACUCGGGCAUGAUCAAGCUGCAGAAGAAGCGCUCCUCCGUGUCCAGGCAGCGCCUGCUCAUGCGCUCCUACCUCCGGAAGAACCACAUCUCGCGCGAGCUGUCCCUGGCGAUCACGAAGUGCUUCGACGUCCACGUGACGCUGCGCAGCAGGGAGAGCAAGGCGGAGGAGGUCAAGGAGGCCAUGGCUUUCCUGCCGCAGAACCUCCAGAUGGACAUCCAGGAGGAGGCGCGAAGGCCCAUCGUGAUCGCCUACAGCUUCUUCGGCGACCUCGACGGCUGGAACCCGCGCAUCCUGCGGCAGCUCUGCCACGAGUGCUGCUCGGAGAAGGCCGUGCGCCCCGUGGAGGUCGUCUUCGCCGCCGGCGACGCGUGCACCUCCAUGUACUUCGUGGUGGCCGGUGAGUUCCGGUACGAGCGCCUGUGCCAGAAGUCUGGGCGCAAGCUUGGGCGCGAGGGCCGCCAGAUUUCGAGCAAUUCUCCGAAGAGCUCCUCGCCGCGAUUGGUGGGGGCGACCGACACGCUCUCGGACUCGGGCUCCUCGGACACCGAGGAGGGCGACGACUUCCGCGAGGAGUACGACAUGAACCGCGGGUGCUGGGUCAGCGAGGCCGUCAUCUGGGUCACGGCGUGGGAGCACCGCGGCGAGUUCACUUCCUCGGCCGGCGGGGCGCUGCUGGUGCUCGAGGCGGCGAAGUUCGCCAAGAUGCUCUCCCAGCACCACGCCAGCGCCUGCGCGUACGCGAGCAGAUACGGCCGCAAGUUCGUGGAGCAGCUGAACGAGUUUCCCGAGGGGAGCUGGUCCGACGUCGUGGACAACAUUCACAUCAGCAAGGACGACAUCUUCGCAGAGGAGGAGCAGGCAGCAAGGACAGACGACAUCGCCGAUGAGGAGCAGGCGACGUUCGAACGUCGGGUCACCACGGGCAGGACGAUCUCCAACGCCAACCAACACUACAUUUUCAUAUCUCACCACAAGGCUGGCGGAGGCACCGAGGCCACGCUGAUGCAGGAGGCUCUAGAGCGCAUCAUCGACAACGAAUCGGAGAACCCUGGACACCACAUGGUUGCGCCCGUCUUCCUCGAUUCGGAGGAUCUGAGCGACUUGAACGACUUGAAGAGCCAUGUGCGCAACACAAUGAACUUGGUGUUGCUGCUGACAGAGGAAGUGUUGAAGCGCCCCUGGGUGCUCGUGGAGAUCGUCACCGCGUACCAGGCCGGCGUGCAUAUAGUGCCAGUCGAGAUUUACAAGCGGGAUGACAAAUCUCCGUUCAAGUACCCUGACGAUAAAUUCUACAAGAAAUUGAACAACGGGGAGCUCCUGACUGAGGCUGAGAACGACCUUAUCAGGGACGAAGGCAUCUCUGUGGACGACCUAGAGAAGGCUCUGCGCCACGUCUUCAAGAAGAUCGCCGUACCUUUCUCCCCACAUAAGUCGCAGGGAGUGCGAGAAGCCGAGCUGACGGACAUCCUCCGCCGCUGCACGGGCAGCGCCCAGCGCUCCAGCUUCGGCCACGGGGCCGCCCUGGAGCUUCCAGGCGCGGCCAACAACCUCGUGGGCAUCCUGCCCUCCGGAGGCCCCGGCGGCCCGCUCGGCGCCGCCCCCGACGCCCCCCAGUUCGGCCGCCAGGGCUCGCCGCCGACGCCGGUGCAGCCGCCCCCCACGCCAGUUUUCGGCAGCGCCUCGUCGCUGCAGCAGGCGGCGGAGGCGCAGGCUCGGAGCCCCGGCCAGCGCAGCGCGGCCGACGGCCGGCACGCCCUCGCCACCGUCGGCGAGAAGCCGCUGUCCCCCCUGUCCGGCGACAUGGCGAGCCCGAACUCCCCCCGAGAGCCCCGAGAGCUGAGCUGAUUCCAGGGUCUCAGCCCAGGCUCCGGGCGGAGCAGUCUCUUCUGCUCCACCGCGCGAGGGGUUUUAAUGGUAAUGAGCUAGUAUUAGUUUGCAUGCUUGGGGCCGGCUGGUGACCGUCUGGUGGGCACGCGAGGUAAGGGACAACCAGGCCACUUGCAUCUUGGGUCUCAUAGCAUUUCUAUUUUCCACGUUGCGCAAACCCUUAGCUGUAUCCAAUGAAGACAUGGCGUGCGCGCUCAAUUGCAGGGAAUCUCAGCAGGCGUGCUGGAGUUUUGCGCCCAAUUCGUUGCGCUACCCCAGCCACCCAGGAGGGGAUACCCUGCAGGCACGUCCGUAUGCACUUAAAGGACGUGGCAUAUGAGUGCCCCUGUCUUUUGCACGCUGCGCGGAGACUGUUUCGAUUUAUUGAGAUGCAGCAACUGCCCCGUACAUCCCUUGAGCGGGUAGCUGCCAUGAUGCGCUGUCCAAUAGAGAUGGCGUCGUCACGAUCACAUAAACUCGUGUGUAUCUUUCCCUCCAUCAGCGUUCUCUUCUCGCUUGCGUCUCGAGGCCGAGUCUGGGCUCAGCUGCGAGCGCUCCACAGCGCUCAACUUCGAGCCCUCCGCGUCCUCCUCCUGCUACUCAUUCCUGCCUCUUGGCCGACCUGCAUCUAGAAUGUUGCACGGCCGAAGUUUAGUUUCAUACCAUGACCUGGGCCAUCCUUGGACUUGCGGCUCAUCCCCAGCUCCCAUCCGCUGACCGUCGGCGGCCUUUCCCUCUCCUUACCUUUUGUAUACGGUUCCCUGGAAAAUCGCCUCCUCCACCAGACGUGCUCCCAAGGAGUUGCCAAUCCGCAGUAUCUCCAGGCAGGUACGCUGAGGGGGUGGGGGCG